AUGAUCCGGUCCGAAGUAUCUCAGGGCGUUAUUAAAAAAGUUGAUCGUAAAGCAGUACUGCUAAAGGGUGUUUCACUCCGUCAAUAUAACUUGAAUCGAAAUCCAGCGGACGUACCGGAUACCACAUGGAAGAGCAAAUUAAGUCCAUUCUUAGAAAGCUCUAUGAAAAUUGUAAUAGGUGGAACGCCAAAUUCUUUGAAUAGCCAGAAUUUCCAUCUUAUCCACCAAAAAGGAUGGCGGUGA